AAAAAGUCUAACAUGCAGUCAUUCAUUCAAUCUAAUAAGUGCCAUUCAAAACAGAAUAAAAUCAUUGAUUUGAUUGUGAAACCCUUUCUUUUUGCAUUUUAAAAUACCACUUUUGAUUUGGAUGAAACUAAAUAUCUGUACAAAGGACACAACGCAAAGUUUUUGAUUUCUCUCAAAACAUAUAUUUCUUUCCAUGUUGAACAGAUAAUAUCUUUAAUUUGAGUCAAAGUGAUUUGUACUUGAACACGCCCACCAGAAAUACACCGGGACCCAUUUUUAUUCUGCAUGGCUGCUGGAAACAUCGUGUCACAUCUUUGAUUAAUUUCAUCUGAAAAUAAACGUAAGUAAAGCCAAGUGUGUUACAAAAGCUUUUAUAAUUUGUAUUGCCAAAAUUGCAGAAAAUAACCCCAUUUAAGCUGGGUCGACGGCCACCCCGAAUUUUUGCAUGAUUGUAGCUGCUAGCUACAAGCUAGCUAGCUAUCCGGCGCGACGUUAGAACUGGUUACCAGCAACCGACCAUCACAGUCGGGAAUGCAAGUUAGGCAAAAAGCCGUAUUUUACCAGUAUACUAACUAGCUAGCGUUACCACGAUGCAUCGGUGGUGGAUACAGCUAGCUAGCAUAAGUUCAUAGUUCAUAACAUUCAUAGUAUAACUCCGUGCUCCGCUUCGUUUGAAUUUUUCUGAACCACAGAUCGCUCCAUCCAUUCCAUGGCUGAAGCAUACAUUUUCAUUUAAUCUAAACAGGUAUCAUUUUGCAUUUACACUGCACAUCCUUUUUAAACAUUUCAUAAUAAUCUAGACCCUCCCUCAUUAUCCUCUCAUUCACCUUGCUGAUGUGUUGGCACUAUUGUGUGCAAUAAUUGCUCUCUCGGCUUCACCCAGGUGUGUGCUCAGUGCUGGUUGUGUAGGUAGAUGUGCCCCAUUUCCCCUUUUCUAGUCUUCGUAAUUGAAAUGGGUUUUUACAAUGCAAUCUUUCAGUUUUGGGCAGUUUUUGACAUUUCUGUGUAAACUUGCAUGUCCACUAAAAAGUCAAGGUUGGACUUAGAGCACACUUUAUCUUCUGUGCAAUACAGGCUAGAAAAAUCCAUGAUAUAACUGGACCACUUUUGGCUUUGGAAAAUGUCCUUUGUAUAGGAUAAGGUGUGGUUGUACACACUAAACAUGCAAUCCAAAUUUGCAGUCUUCUGUGACAGUACCCUUAUAACAUAUGUUCAAAAACCUGCAGUGGGAGCUGAUACUGUGUUGUGUCUCUUUCCUUUGUGUUAUUUUAUGUUGUAAGUUUUAUGUACACUAGCGCUGAGAGGCAACUUGAUCCACAAAUAUGGCAAAUCCCAUACGACUCCUCAUUUUGUUGAGUGACAAUAGCUCUGAGAGGAUGGAUCUAUCAAGGGUGCCAGACACAGUUGAAGAGCUCAUUGAACAAGUUAAAGAGUCAUGCAAAGUUGCUGGAGGUAUCAGGCUGCAAUAUAAAGAUGUAGACUUUGGUGGAACAUUUGUGAACUUGAACUCAACCUCCAUGAUCAAGGAUCUUACCACCAUCAAGGUCAUACCGUCUGCUACUGAAACAUUAAUUUUAGAAUUUGUAGAAAGUGACCUAGAUACAAGCUCCAUCUCAACACACACUGAUGACACAGUCAUACUAAGCAGCAGCUCCUCUGAGAAACUCCGCACAGAGCCCUGGCCAAAGGAGUUCAACAUCCCACAAUUCUCUUUUGAAACAGAAGGUCAACUUGAGAAAGGGAAUGCGUAAUACACAAAGGACCAAACCAGGCUCACACCUACAUCGAAAAUGUUGUCCGACAUUCUGGAAAGACUGGCAGAGAAGAUUUUCUCCUACAAGGCGUACCCCAGUGAUGGAGACCUGAGUGACGUUGCGGAGGCUCUGACAAGGAAACAUCCCUGCUUGAGGCAACCAGACUCCUUCAAUGAGAGCUACGGAUGGAAACUCAGACUAAAGACUAAGAUGAGCAAUUACCGCACUCAGCUUAAGUCACAUGGACUUGCAUCUGAGCUCUUAGUAAAUACCCUCAAAUCAAAGUCACGAGAAGAUCCUGUUCCCAAGCCAGCCAAGAACAACAAAAAGGCAAGAAGAGGUGAGGCCAAUUACUAUCCUCAGACCAGCAGUGAGAAUCCAGAAAGCCUAGAACUAGAGCGAAUAUCUCUCCUGACCGAAUUAAAGAAGAGAAACAAUGAGAAAACUGUACGAGAGAAGAUGGCCAGGACCUUCGAAUUCAGGAGGAAAGAGGUUGUGGAUAAGAAGCCUGACAUCAAGAACCUCUUGGAAAGAUGGCCAGGUCUAUUUCAGAUGGAAGAGAUUAAUGCAGAGUUUCUGCGGGUUACUGCAGUUCCCUUGCUAACCAGAUUCAUGGCCCAGCUGGACAAGCACUCCCCACAGCUACUUAAAAUAAUCAGAAAGAAAGGAGGGACAACCAAAGCAAAAACUGCCAUAAUCCUAGAGUUUCUUGAUCAGGAUGCUGGUGCUGACAUUAGGAGGGAGUGUAUACUUAAAUCUCUCAUUAUCUACCUUGGAGAACGUGUUGAGGACUUGAUAAAAGAAUACAUGAUAUCCCAGAAAGAUGAAGCUGAGGAAGAGCUGCAGAGUACCACAAUGGCACUCUUCGUCUUCAGGGACAACUCAAGCCUCCUACAUCAGCCUCGAGACAUCGGGAUAAUCAUUGAUGGUGUGGAAGUCCUGAAUGAGUUGCCUUCUGUGGCAGCUGGAGUGGCAAUGGUCUUUGGACUCUGUUAUGCUCUUAAUAUGGAAUAUCCACGAGGAUUCAGGUUCACCUUUGAGGCUCUUCAAAAGAUUAUGAUGGAGCUUGACUUUAACAAGAUGACCUCUAAGAUUCGCAAACUUAAUUGUGAACUUAACACUGCACAGUAGUGUGUUUGCAUGCAUGUGUGCAUGCAUGUGUAUGUGCACAUGCAUGUGCAUGUGUGCUUGGUUAUUUUGCUUGGUUGGCCUGCAGUGGUAUUCUACAUUCAAAAGUUAUAAGAACACCCAUUUGAAAGGGAGAUUUAAGUUGAUUUCAUUGAUACAUGUGUACAUUUUUUUUUUUACAUUGUACAGGCACAGUGCACAUGUAAACAUUUUUGAGUACUUGCAAAUUGGUUUAAAAAGAGUUUUGGUUUUAUGCCAGUUUUAGACAGGUUGCAGGUUUUAUACCAGUUCUAAAAAGAUUGCAGGUUUUAUACUGGUUUUCAAAAGGUUGCAGGUUUUAUAAAACAAACAUUUCUCUAAUCAUUUCUGCCGUAGCACUAAAUCUUUAUAUUACUAAUCCUCUCUAUUGAUUAUAGUUAAAAUGGUUUGGAACAAUAAAUAAUUUUGAAAUAA